UGUUGACAAGCCCAUCACAACCUCAAGCCAGGAACCAUGAACUCAAGCAUGUAAACGGUGUAUUUACCUACUCAAACAUCAAGCACGUCUGCCCCGCUCCAUGCCAGAAAAGGACCAGAAUCAGAAUGGGUCACUUAACACACGAUGAGUUCUUCGCCAAACUUACCGACCUCUUCAACACACGCAAGACCCGAGCCCAUGGCUCAGUGUACCUAACACAAAAGAGACUCACCUUCAACCAAGCAACAACAGCAACAACAACAACAGGCACAGCCUCAUCAGCCGCCGAUGACCCUCUAGCAGACCUGCACCCGGCGCAGCCGCUGCCCGUCCUCAUCCGCGCCACGGACGGCAAGUCCAAGGAGCGCCGCGCCUCCAAGGUCAAGCUGUCGACCGUGGUGGACCCGGCGGACCUGGAGGCCUUCUACGCGCGGUACGCCGAGGUGUGCAAGGCGGGCAUGAGCGCCCUGAAGCCGCGGGACCGGACGAAGCGGAAGGCGAAGGCGAAGAAGAGGCGCGGUGGCGGCGCCGGCGCGGUGGUGCCUGCUUCUUGAUGAUAUGACGAGCUUCUUCUGACGGGGCUUUGGAGAAGGGGUUAGUGUUCGGGAUUGUGACCCGCGGGAC